AUGGCGGAGUACGUGCAGGUGAUGAAGAGGGCGCUGCAGCAGCUCGGGGGUCACGGCGGCAUUCGCGGGGCCGUGUUUCAGCUGCUGAGGUAAAGAAUGGCUCGGCCCCUCCGCCGUGCGCGUCGGCUUGUGAGGGCAGGCUGGGAGCGGAGCGGCUGCUUGCGCUCGAGGGUCACCUUGGUAAUGGGCAGGAGGAAGAGGAGGAGGUCGCUGUCUCUGGUUGGCGUGGAAAUGGGUCUCCUCCGCUUCUCUAGACCUUCCCGGAUCCCCAGAGACGAACAGGCAGCCCAAACUCCGUCGAGGGGAUCAAGGUGGACCAGUUGGGGGACAUUUGCUGAACAUAGCUGUCAACCUUCCCUUUUUUUGCGGGAAAUUCCCUUAUUCCAGCGCCGUUUCCCGCUGCUAUCCCGGAUUGUUAGAUAUCCCGUAGACUGUCCCCGGGACAGGUGAGGCUGCUGAUCCCUUAUUUUCGAGGCCGCUGAUCCCAUAUUUUCAAAUCUGAAAGCUGACAGCUAUGUUUUUGAAGCGGGGUCAUUUCAAGGCUUGCGCCUCCCGGUCAUUUCGGGAAAGGGAAAGGAGGGAUGUCCGGAUUGGAAAGCUUGUUAUUGGCUAGAUAACAAAGCGGACUUUCAUUUUCUGGGCUGUUUUGAUACUUCUAGCAGUAAGUCCUGCUGAACUCGGCAGAGCUGUGUUUUUUCUCUUUUUUUCACUAAACCAAUGAAGUGGUCCUUGGUGGGGAAAAUGCCCUGCAUCCAGUCAGUGAACUUGUAGAAAUUCUGUAGAUUUCUUGCUGGGCAGUUUUUAAGCCAAAAAGUUGGGGAUUUUUGUUUAUCUUGCUCCAUUUUCUCCUUCCCUACCACUACAACCCUGUGAGGCAGAACAUCUUGGCGCUCUCUAUCAUAGGCUUUAUUUUUUAAAUAAAGUUUAAAUUCCAGACAAUUUUUUUAAAAACUGCAUGCAUAACAAUGCACUAAAGGAAUAAAGAAAGUGGCUGGUUAUAAUUCUUAGUCUAUCGUGCUUGUGGAGACAACAAGAGUAAAACAGUCAAGGAAAAGUUCAAUUAUACAAGUUAUUUAUACAUACAUAGUCAGAAAAAGCUUGCAUGAUUCCAUACAUAACUUUUUAUAAUUAGUUUUCUUAAUUUUGUAUAUAUUCCUACAAGAGUCUUAUGGCAUUCGCUUUCUCAGAUUACAGUCAGUCAGGUGCAUUUUAUGAAGUGGACUGUAGUCCAUGGGUGUAGCCAAGGUGGGGCAGGGAGGGGGAGCUGCCCGCCUAAAUCAAUAAACAUAAGUAAGAUUACAUAGCUAACGGAGGUUCUGCUCCCCCUAACAAAAAUCCUGGCUAAGCCCAUGCUGUAGUUCAUGAAUGCUUAUACCAUAAUAAAUUUGUUGGUUUUCAAGGUUUGGUUUUAAAAAAUCUUCGAUGUUUUUGCUGCAACAGAUUAACACUGCUGCCUUUCUGGAAAUUGUAACAUAGUCCUAAACCAUUUUCAGGCAUUUGCCAGUAAAGGUGAUUAGUAAUCGGGGCAGGCAGGGAAACAUGCACAUAAGUCUUACAUUCAGAGCUCUGCAAAGUUAGCAAUAAAGCUUGAAAAGGGGUUUUAAUCACCUUUGGUUGAUCACACAUAGAAACUCUUCCAGUGAGUGGGAACCUUAGAUUAUCAGGGUUUUCACUUGUGGGGAGCAUUUCUAAGAACAUUAAAGUACACACACCUAAAAACCCUCUUUAUUCCUUUACACUGAUCUGAAGACCAGCCCAAGGACAUUGGGUUUGGGUUUGCAUGCAUCGUCAUGUCCCCAUCCCAUUUUACUUAUUCUGUACUCCUGGGGAAUUUCUAACACUGACCAUAUACAAUUGUUCAAGAAGCACAUUAUGCAAUAAUUCGUGCUCAUUAGGUGCCAAAUGACUGUCUUUUCAGUUUUAGUAAUUAGAGUUGAAGCUGAGAUUGCUUCUGGUUCCUUGACUUCUAGGACCACUGACAACUGAACAGAAUUUCUAAAGUUGCCGUCCACAAAGUGAGACUAUUGGGCCAUCUGGCAAUGGCAACGAUUGAAUGUGUGAUCUUCUGCAUUCAAAGUGCUCCACCAUGGAGCAACAACAGCUCCUCAUAUUUAAAUUUGUUCAGUAUUGGGUAAUUUUACUACUUCUGUUUUUGGAAACCUGCAGGGUCAAUGAACUGAAGACUGGCGCACUAGUAGGUGUUGAUAAAUAUGGAAACAAAUACUAUGAAGACAAAAGAUAUUUUUUUGGUAAGUAGAUAUACUUCAGUAAUUUGAAUUUAAUCUUCUGAAAAAGCUAGGCUAAUUUACACUUCUUCAAUGUGAUUACAAUUUAGUCAGCUCUAAGUAAUUGUUGGUGUCAAGUAGGAGGAUAUAACAGUAAGAAGUCCUAGUGAGGUGUUGUCACAACAGGAACUUGGAUUUAUGCUCCUGCUUGUAAAUAUAGCAUCUUUUUGCACUGGUACACAGAUGUGAAGAAACAGAGAAAGCAGAUGGUGUUCAGGGAGUAGUAAUGAGGGUCAUCUUUUUGAUAUCACUAUCUUUGCAGACUCAUUAUUUUGAAUAUUUAGACCCCUUUUCUAGUCUCAACACUUGGAUUGCUAAAAUUAAUCUGAAUUGCAAGGAAGAUAGGCUGCAAUGUCAUUGGGUUACUCUGAGGGUUUAGUAAUUGGGUUAUUUUGAGGGUUUUUAUUAAACAUUACUUUAAUGGAAAUUAAUGUGCACUCUCCCACAUAUGCUGCUUGUCUCUCUGAGGUCCCUUCAUGUGUGACCUUUUUCCUUCACAAAAAUAAUUUUGAUGUGGGAAAUAACACAGUAACUUGUUAGAUGCAAAUGUAUUAGAUAAUUUUGGUUUCCUUCAGACCAUAUACUCGUCACCUUUCUGGUCUACAUGUUUUUAGUAAACUAAGUUCUUCGCAAGUGACCACAUAGACACUUCAUCCUACAUUGUGUAGGGAAAAAACAUGUAUGUGAGGUGGUCCCAACGUGGAUUCUUAUCAACAAAGCCUUACACUGCCUCGGUUUACUCCUUCCAUGCCUUCUGCCAAACCAGUCCUUUCCCAAAAGUGUAUUUGUUAAAUGUGAGAAUCUUGCAGUCACAAUAAUUAAAUGUGAGCACAGAAUUUUAACUUCACAAAAUUUGAAUUGUGUGUGGGGUUGUGGUGGUGAUGAGGACAGCCUUUUUUAUAACUAAUAAAAUGUCAUAAAUCUAUGCUUCGCCUCUUGGUUCAGUUGAAUAUAGUUUGUAAAUGUUUACUUAUCUUCCUAUUUAAGGUCGCCAUAGGUGGGUUAUAUAUACUAAUGAAAUGAAUGGCAAGAACACAUUCUGGGAAAUGGAUGGAAGCAUGGUGCCCCCUGAAUGGUAAACCAGCUAGUUUACUGCAUGCAUUUCUGUGAUUAUAUGUUGUAUUAACCUUGUGAAACAGUUAACCUCAAAACGAACCAACUUAUCUGAGGCUGACACGCAAAAGCAAGGAAAUGAAAAUUUAAUCCUCUUAACUGUACAUCAUCCCCUAAUCUUCUGCCAGCAAAAGUACUUCACCAGUUCCGGGAUAGAGCAUAGAUCAGGCACCACUCUUCUGUUUGAAAGGGACAUUAUGGUAAAUGCAUGCUUUCUGCCUGAAAACGGAAGAUGUGCUUAGAUGAGGGGUGGCUGAUGUGUAGUUGCUUUUGGAGUCUAAACUCCCAUCAGCCUCAGCCAGCCUGUCUGUAGCCAGGGAAAAUUGGUGGUUGUAGUUCAGCACCAUUUGGCAGACCACAGGUUGCUCAUCGCUAGUCUCUAGGUCACCCCUCUUACAGUACUACCUAAUUUAAUGAUACACAUUAUGUUUCCCUAUGGUGCUGCUCAAGAAUUGUACGACCAAAGCCCUACUAGGCAUAGACUGCUGGUCAUGGCAGUUUUUGAAUUGUACCUGUUAGUAUCAGUCUCCAUACCACUUUCUCUGCAACAGUCUUGCUGGAAUAAGUAGGAGAGUUGUGAAGUGACAUUUAAAAGACAUUUGGUUUUUAGAAAAAACAAUCUUACUGAAAGUACCAUAUUGGCCUGAAUAUAAGCCACACUUUUUUUCCAAAUUCUGACCGUGAAAAGUUAAAGUACGCCUUAAAUUCGUGACCUUAGAAAAAUUGGCUUUUAUGCUAUUGCUGCUGAAACAGACAUACAGUAAAACAGAACCAAAAAUGUAUUAUUGUUGAUUUGCGAACUUGAGACUGUUGAUUUGCUAUUUACGGGUGUGAGUGCCUGCGGAAUUGUAGCAAUUGAAUACCAAUUUGCGAUUUUAGCAAUUGUACGGUAACUUUUGCGGGCUUGCAAGUUCAAAGGCUUAAAUUGGCUCGGCGUUACAAUUCUACCAACCGCAGCGAUUUUCAGCCCGUAACCCAAUUUUAAGGGAGCGGCUUAUAGUCAGGUAUUGUCUUAUUUUUCUUUCUUCCCCUUGAAUUUUAAAGGUGCAGCUUAUAUUCGAGCCAAUACGGUAUAUUCUGUGUAUAGUUGUGAAGUUGGACGUUCACAUUCCAAAUGAAUUAUCUUUUAUUUGCAUUGACGGUGGGGAAGAGGGGUCAGUCCACAUGUAGAGAUCUAGUAUGGUCACAAGUAACCUUGUCAAGAUGGUUAAACAGUGAGAAACAAACAUACUGUAACUGUCCUGGUUUUAGUGACAGCUGAGUUCCUCUGUCAUUUCCACCCAAAUUAACACAAUUGUAAGCUUACUGAAAAUGUGUUUUCAGGAAAUUGCAUUUUUUAACUCGUCAGAUAUUUGCAGCACUCAAAACAAUUGACCUAAAUAUUAUUUUAGUGACUACUUGAAUUAGUUGCCCAGUGCCAACAACAGUAUGCACUAAUCUUGUUAUACUUGUUACUGUUGGGUCACUUACUAUGGGGAAAAGUCAUUUAUCGAACAGAUGGGUCCAGUCUUACAAUUAUUUCACUCUGUGUACGCUAUGAGGAUGUUUGGGAAAAUAUGAUGCUUACUUCUAGAGGUGUCAGUGAAUGGUAAGGAGGUUGUGUGCAUAGUGAUAGUCUACUCCUGAGUUGCAGGUAGCCAAAUAAUAAUAAUGUAAAAUGUGCAUAAGAGAUUAUAUGCAGCCUUUUAUAGCUCUUGAAACCUGUUGGAUCAUUUUUAAUGAUUUAUUUCUUCAUAUAGGAUUUACGUGAAAUAAUAAUAAUAAUAAUAAUAAUAAUAAUAAUAAUUACAGGUGAACUUCACCUGAAGUACACAAGAUGGGUUACAGUAUAAAGCCACAACAUACAUACAUACAUAAUAGAAACAAAGCAAUAAAACAGUUCCCCAGCACAUUUUAAUGAUUGUUUAAUCAGCCCAAAGGCUGUGGAGAAGAGGAAUGUUUUGCUUGGUGUCUAAAGAUAUGUAACGAAGGCAGCAAAAAGCCUCCCUGGGGAGAACAUUCCACAAGCAGGGAGCUACCACAGAAAAGGCCCAUUCUUGUGAUGCUGCCCUCCGGAUCCCUUGUGUGGGAAGGCACAUGAAGAAGCGUCUCAAAUGAUGAUCACAGGAUCUGGGAUGGUUCGUGUGGGUAGAGGCAUUCCUUGAGGUAUUGCGGUCCUGAGCCGUUUGCCCUGGUGAGCAACCUGGCUGCUGAAUUCUGCAGUCACUGCAGUUUUUUACUGAACUGCCUUCAGAUGCAGCCCCGCAUAUAAGGCAAGGUAGUAAUCUAACCUGGAGGUUACCAGAGCAUAGACAACAGAAGUUAGGCUGUCCAGAUAGGGGUACAGCUGGGCUACCAGCCAAACCUGAUGGAAGGUACUCUGUGCCACUGAGGCCACCUGAGCCUCAAGCAACAGCAGUGGAUUCAGAAGUAGCCCCCAAGCUGCAGACCUGUUCCUUCAGUGGUAGUGUAAUCACAUCAAGAGCAGACCAGCCACUAUCCAUCUGGUCUAGGGAACCACCCACGUACAGUGCAUCAGUCAUCUCUGUAUUGAGCUUCAGUUUAUUGGCUCUCAUUUUAUCCAUUACUGAGGCAAGACAUCAGUCCAGCAUAUCCACUGCCACACCUGCAGAUGUAAAGGGGAAGUAGAGCUGGGUGCCAUCAGCAUAUUGCUUACACUGUACUCCAAAACUUCAGAUAUUUCACUCAGUGGUUUCAUGUAGAUGUUAAACAGUAUGGGGGAUAACACUGAACCCUCAGGAACCCUUCAGUGAAGGCUCCAUGGGGUCAAACGAAACUCCCCCAGCAUCACCUUUGAAAAUGACCAUUCAGGUAGGACCAGAACUACCAGAAAGCAGUGCCACCCACAACUCGGACAGCCAUUCCAGAAAGCUACCAUGUCAAUGGUAUCAAAAGCCACUGAGAGGUCAAGGAGAAUUAACAGGGACACAUUACCCUGUGUGUCUCUUCCCCCCCCCCAAACAAAGGGCAUCAUACAGGGUCAUCAAAGCAGUUUCUGUGCCAAAACCAGAUCUAAACCGCAGUUGAAAUGAAUCUCGGAAACUGAUUGCCUCCAAGAGAGCAUUAUUGCAAGUAAUGCUGUGUAAGGAAGUACUCACAGAGAGUCCUAUUGUAACUUUAUUGCAUUCAGUAGGAUGCAUAAUGCUGCCAGCUUUUGAUAGUACCCAUACACUGUUUGGACAAGGAGGUAGUCAGAGCUUGGCUUCAGGUACCACCACCAGCAGCAGCAGCAGUGAUUACCCAAUUGUAGUUGAUGAUAGCAGCUAUCUUUUUGGUACUACUUGUAUAAGGACCACCCACAUAGUCAUAGGAGCACCUCCUGGAUUGCCCUUUUGUGUGCCCAUGACACAAAUGGAUUGCACCUGCCUUUGUUCCGUUGGGGCAACAGUCUUUUUUGCGACACCUACUUGUCUGUAGUAGAAUACUAAAUAUAUCAUUUUCUGGCAUAUUUAUUUAUUAGACUUAUGUCCCACUCUUCUUCCCAAAGGAGUCAAGGGCAGCAAACACAUCAGUGAUUAAAUAAUACAAUUAAAAAUAAAAUAAACAUCUUAAAAACAGUUAGGAAACAUGCUUCUGCAGACAAUAAAUCUAACAGAAUCUUCAUGAUCAAACUACUUGAAAUGUAGCUGUUCAAAAUGGUUCAUGCGGUGUAACUUUUGUUCAUCAAACAUGGCUUGCUUUUGAAACUCUGUGCAUAUAUGCUUCAGGGGCUAUUAGGACAACAUAUUUAUUAGUUGUGUGUGUGUUUGUGUGUGUGUGUUUUCCCCUUUAAGGCAUCGUUGGCUUCACUGUAUGACAGAAGACCCUCCAACUACACACCCUCCAGUGCCUCGUAAAUUCAUUUGGGAGAAUCAUAAAAUGAAUUUAAGUGGUACUCCUAGACAGUAUGUACCAUUUUCUACCACCCGUAAGAAGAUACAAGAGUGGGUCCCACCUUCUACACCUAGCAAGUGA